AUGGGUGUCAACCUCGUUGUCGUCGCCGCUGCAAUGGGCUACAAUCUGAUUCAGCUCUCCCCAGAAAUCCUCGCGAUCCUCGUCGCUUUCUGGUAUGGCAAAAAACUUAUUGUUCCCUAUCUUCUAUAUGCUCGCCCAACUCCAAUCGUGGCGCGACCGCCAGAAUUGCCCAAGUCCUCCUACCACCAGACUACGAUCCGUGCUCAUGUUGGAGCGAAGCUUACCCGGUCGCAGGCUCUGGGGCCACCUCGACAACUGGUACCAGACCAAGCAUGGCAAGGGCUACAAGCCAUACCGGGUCACCAAGAAAUGCGAUACGGCGCCAACGAUGUCAGGGGCUUGGCUCUGCAUGUCAGCCAGGACCGAGCGACUCAGCAGGGUCGCAUGACCUCCAGUGCUCAGCAUGGGCAGUCGUCCGCUGGCCCUUCAGAGGACGUCGCCAUCAAGCACGAGGAAAACGAGGCCGGCGGCAACGGAGCGGGGCCUGCGCCUCUUGAAGGCAUCCCCGACGUGCCGGUCUACAACAAUGCCAACCAGGCUCACGUCGAGAACUACGUGAACAGCAUGCCCAGCAACGCGCCCAACUUGCUGGUUGCCGAGCAGCAUUACCUGCAAAUCAUCAUCGCCCAAGAGCUCGCCAAUCGAGGAGUCACCGACCCUUUCCUUAUCCGCAAGACGUUCGUCUUGCAGAUCAGACCCGUUGCCAAUGCCGGCACCGGUGCCGAGCCUGUCGCGCCGCCCGCCAACCAGAGACUUACAUCGAUCGACACCACGAGGCUCCUGUUCUCGCCCCGGUCUCCUAUCCCGAACGUCCCGACGCUGACGCUAACCACGCCCUCCGUUCCUUCGUCCUCCUACGGUGACGAAGAUGAAGAGAUGCAUGACUCCGACGCUGACGCCGACGGCGAGACCGACGAAGGGUGUACGACGCUCCCGAGAGCAGUGGCAGCAGCAGCAGCAGCCGAGACCGAAAGGAAAGGGGCAAGGCCACUGAACGAAGAAACGAUCGGUAUAGGGGGGAAUGGGGGAACGCAAGGAAUGAGCACUCUUGCAGUGAACCUGGGAAAACCGCUCCGAUCGGCGCCCGCUUAG